AUGACCUCGCCUGUUGCUUUGAGCAUCAGCCAGUCAUUCAGUGAGCCAAGAUUAGCGUGGCAGGCUAGGUUCGUCCACUGCGAACAGCAGCACACCGGCCGCCAGCCCAUGCACGAGGGCAUCGGCGUGAUCUGCCUACACUGCCGGAUUGCCUCAACAGGUCAAGCAAAUGAAACCAAGAGAAAUGGUUGUCUCCCCGAGCGGCGUUGUACAUGA